GACAGCUUCACCCAGCGCCGACACAAUCCCCAGCAAUGGCUCCCAAGGACACGAAAAAAGGCGGCGCCUCCAAGGCCGGCAAGGGCGCCCAGGCCAAGAAGGCUGCCCAGGCUGCCCUGAAGGGUGUGCACACCCACAAGAAGCUCAAGGUCCGCCACACGACGACCUUCCACCGCCCCAAGACGCUCGUCCUGUCGCGCGCGCCCAAGUACCCGCGCAAGUCGAUCCCUCACGAGCCCCGCCUCGAUGAGCACAAGGUCAUCGUGCACCCUCUCAACACCGAGGGUGCGCUGAAGAAGAUCGAGGAGCAGAACACGCUUGUGUUCAUUGUCGACGUCAAGGCCAACAAGGCCCAGAUCAAGCAGGCCCUGAAGAAGCUCUAUGACAUCGACACUGUCAAGAUCAACACGCUGAUCCGGCCCGACGGCACCAAGAAGGCCUUUGCCCGCCUGACUGCCGAUGUCGACGCUCUCGACAUUGCUGCCACCAAGCUCGGCCUUGUCUAAGCGCUUAGCUUUGGCUGGGGGGAUGGGGAAAAAAAGAAGCCGGCACUUCGAAGGGACAUGAAUUGCAUUUCGAUCGGCGUCAGAUACCUGGGCUUGGGCGCAUGACUUGGCAAUGAAAAUAACGAAGUCACCCUUCGGUUCCGGG